CACUUGGAGCUCUUGGUGGCGUUUGGUUCACUGAAGGAUUUUCUUUUUGAUGGUUGUGAACAGGUCAGAUAUGGAAGAGAAGAAGCUUGCAGACGAUAGAGUCAGCGAUGAGCAAGUAAAGAUAACUGAAUUGAUGGUUUCUGAUGUUGAUGCGAGGGAUACCGAAGAUGAGGUCUUUGAGGAAGCUAUCGACAGUUCGAAGCCUGAAUCUUUCCAAGCCGAUGAUGGGUUACACGAGGAUUUGCCUUCAGAGGAAGUGAAAGUGCCAGAGGUUAAUGGAGAGAGCCAUGGUGAGGCAAACCUGCAACAUAUAGCUACGGGAGAGGCUGUACCAGGUUUUGUGACUUCCCAAAUGAAUGGUGAUGAAGGGGAAGCAGGUGUAAGGAAUGUCAGCGAGACAGCUACACUUUCUUUUUCUGAAAAUGGAAUCGUCUCCCCUGAGAAGAAAGCUGUUCUCCUCUCUUUCGGGUCAGAGAAGAAGCUUGGAGAUGAUAGAAUCAUCCAUGACCAAGUAGAGAACAAUAUAUUACUGGUUUCUGAUGUUGAUGCGAGGGAUACCUAUGAUGAGGUCUUUGUGGAAGCUAUUGACGGUUUCCAAGCCGAUGAUGGGUUGCACGAGGAUUUACCUUCAAAGGCAACUCCUGAACAUUCCAUGGAUGAUCUGGAAGAAGAGAAUAUCAAUGACAAGGAAGUGAAAGAUUCCAAGGUUAGUGGAGAGACCCAUGGUGAGGCAAACCUGCAACAUAUAACUGAGGGAGAGGCUGCACCAGGUUUUGUGACUUCCAAAAUGAAUGGUGACGAGGGGGAAUCAGGUGCAGAGCAUGUGAACGAGAAAGUUACAUGUUCUUUUUCUGAAAAUGGAAUCGUCUCUCCUGAGAAGAAACAGCUGGUGGCUGAAGUGAUCGAGGAAACAAGGAAUGAUGGUACUGAAGAGGAAAACAAGGAGGAAAAUGUUGAUGUAUCAGCUGGUAUGGAAACAGAACAAGAGGCUGGGAAACGUGAAGGAUCAGAUAAGGAUUGCUUUGAGAAUGAGUCUGGGGCACAAAGAAAUGGUGGAGACCUGGUAUUGGCAAGACUCAGAUUGGAAUCUAUAUUUCCCCGGUCAUACCAAUGUCAUCAACUCUGGAUCAAGAAGGGUAAGUGACAAUUACUUCUAGGAACCAUCUCAGAGUGUAUUGGCAACUGGUCUCAGCUUAAAAAUCUGUAAGGUCAGCAUUCAUCAAAAAAAAAAUAUUUCUACUUUGUAUCUCUGCACCAUCUAAACUGUUUCAGUUAACCAUAUAAUAAACAACUGCAGUUGAUUAGCAAAUGGAAACUAAAGCAGGACUCAUGUUUAAAGCGAUUUUUUUUUUGAUAAGACUGGUAUAAGCAUCAUCCCAAAUCUUAUCCAGAAACGGCAUCAAUACCCUGUAUUUUCUGAUGUUUCAGUGACCAUUUCUAAAAGCCAUGUGUCAGUGACUUUCACCGAUUGUAACGACUUGGUGUAACUGUGUGCAGGCACAAUAGAACACAAACUGUGUGUGAUCUGGCGUGUAGAAAAGGACUUGACGUCCUCGACCUUCCACCUGAUAUCCAACCACACUUGAGAAGGAGUACUUCAAGAACCAUCAUUGUCUCUAAAAUCGUACAUGGGAAAACUCUCCAUAAGUUUGGGGCAUGUAACUGGUACACACUGAUACGUACUCCUGCAGGAUAUGUACAUUCUUAUAUGUUCAUUUUCUUCAUCAUAUUUAGAUUAAAGGGGCAGUAACCUUGAAGAAGAUGAUAGGGAUGGGUUUUCCUUUGUUAGACGUGAUAUACCCGUAACCCGCCACUAGCGCCGAAAAGCCUUCUGGCUAAGGUUGUGAAGUUGUUCAGCCGUCUACUAAGCUUCUGCCAGUUGCUCCGAUGGGAGUUGUUGGUCGGAGGUGAUUGUAUCUUUCACAUAAUUGGAAUCGCACAUGACAAAUCAAGUUGGCUUCUCGAUGCUUCCUGCAGUCAUUUAUGAAAGCUCAUGGAUCUCUGAAGAUAUCAGCAAUUGGGAAUUGGUCAGUUCUCUUACAGUGUCAGAUGACUUUCUGUGCUGCUAUUGUGCCAAAUACCAAACGUAUCAGUGUUAAACUUAGUAAAGCUAAUACAAUCCAAUUUUUCUUCUUUGUAUGUGUUCUUUACAUUAAAAGAACAAGAUUCUACGGUGAGAUCGAGUUGAGAUACCUCAUCGGCAAAACCUUGAUGGAACCAUUGUUAUAUGCUUCUUCUGAGUUAUCUCUGGCUACAAGAUUCUGAAAUCGUAACUUGAAGCUCCAUGGUAUAGACCCAAAACAAUGUGUACGUCAAAAGCUAAUGUGCCACAUAAUUUUUUUUGUUAUGUUUGGUGUAAAACCACACUUUUUUCUUACGUCUAUUAUCUCCAAAUUGUCUGGUUGAUAUAUAGCUUACAUAGUUUCUCAAAUUUUGGCAUUCUUUUUACUACUUAGAUGAAUGAUAUGUAACUCGCUAAAAACAUUUAUUAUUGCGACAAAAAAAACCACAUAUUCAUAUAUGUUUAUUCCACAUAGAAUAUGUUGGAGGUCAAAAAGUUUGUAGGUGUUGUGUCAGCCUCCUACUAAGCUAAUCGUGCUUGCAGAUAAUCACCAUAAUCCUCAAUGCUCACCAUUACUGAUCAUCUUGCUUAGCCCCUUACUUCCUCAUCUUAACAAGUGAAAACAAUUUAAUUUUUGUUAAAUAUAACAACAGAAUCAUUUUAUCAUAUAAAGAAUCUAAACAUAAGAGCAUGACCAGCUGCCAGUAUCUGAAUUUGAGUAUUUGGCUCAUUUAUUAUUAUUAUUAUUUUAUUAUGAUUAUAUUAAGUAAUUAAGUUUUAAUUAGAAAAGAAAAAUGAAAUUAAUAAAAAAAAAGACAUGUAGGCAGUAGAGGUUCAGUAUAGAUUCUAAAAACUGUGGUUUCAGAUACUCUUUUUUUAUAUUUUUAAUUAUUUAAUAACAUAUUUGUAGAUAGACAUUCUUUUUCAUCUCUCCUUCCAUUUCCGGGCCUUGUGGAUGCUCUAAAAAGGAAGAAAAAUCAACUAAAAGAGAUGAACCUUAUAGAGAGUGUUGUGACCAAAACUCAUCUCUGUUUUUUUUUUGUUGCUAAAUUGUAAAUGUCAUUGCAAGGUUUGGUUACAUGUUAAUGCUACCCAAUUUGCUUUUCAGCAAUUCUGAAAGCUUAGGGGUAAAUAUUGCUUUUCAGCCAUUGUAAAACUCAUCUCUGUUGGUUUUAUUGAGGUAAAUAUCUAUGUGUCUUAUUUAUAGUUAUGAUGGAAUGAGGAAGUUAUCAAGUUAUCUCCUAAGAAUCAUGUAGAUGUUUAUCAUACUUGGGCUACAUGGCUUCAUGUAUCGACAGUCGUAAUCGGGAGAGUAUCGUGAAAGCUAUCUAUAAAUGUUAUUUAGCACUUAUAUAAUUCCUGAUCAUACUUGAAUAAGAAAAAUAUAGUGGGACAUCAUAUUCCAAGAUUGAAAAUUUUAAGAAUUUGACUUAACAAAUCUAGAAACUAUAAAACCAAAAGUUGUUGUUAAACGAGACUUUCUAAAAAGAAAAGAAAAAUAUUCAUUUCAGUUUAACUAAAAAAAACAAUUUCCAGUCAAGUAAAUUCAGCUAUUAAAUUAUAAAAUUUAUUUAUUUAAAAUUAAUUUGAAUACAAUGUAAAACGAUAAAAAUUUACAUAGAAGUGAAAAAUAAAAAAUUUAACAAAUUCAAAAUAUAUAAAAUUUUAUACAAAUUACAAAAUGUUUUUCCCCUGAAAAUAACCGAAUAGCAAUGUAUCUUAAACAAGUUCAGAUAUUCAUACUAAAAGUAACCAUAUUACCCAAUUUAGUUCAAGUAUUUUGUAUCCAAACUAUCCAAAUGUACCAAUAAUAACCAAAAAAAAUCAUUAUAUACACUUUUUGAGAAUUUUUAUUCACGCUAUCCUAUUUUAACCGAAAACACACAAAAUAUUGAAAUUACCUAAUAUAAUUAACUUAUGAUUUUAAAUUAUAUUAUUAAAAUACUUAUAUGUACAAUUGUAACUAAUAUUUUUAGAUAUAUAUAAAAAAUUUGGAUAUCUUCGGUUACUCAUUUGAUUCUUGGUUUAGACCAUAUUGGGUUCCGGAUCUUCGGAACAUCAAUUUAAAACCCAUUCGGUUAUUUACCACAUAUCUGAUCGAGUUCGGAAGCCUGAUUUUUGGGUUGAUUUAGGUCGGAUCUUCGGGUCUGGAUAUUUUGUGUAGCCCUAAUUUUACUAUUAAAAUAGUUGAGUUAUGAAUUCAUAUAUUUCAUAAUCUUUCAAAUGUUAAAAAUUUGAAUUAUUUUGUUUAAUAGUUCAUUAUUUUUCAAAUAAUUAUAUUUUUUUACAUAACUCUAAAAUCUCGGGCUUGAUUUUUAAUAUUUUGUUAGUUAAUUGUGUUACAUAUAAUAGAAAUAAUUAUACAAAAAUUCACAUAUAAAUAAAAAUGAUAAAUGUAGCAAAUUUAAAUAUAUUAUCCGCGCGUAGCGCGGAGAAAGGAUCUAGUUAAAAAUAAAAGUCGUAAAGCAAACUUGUAUAUAUGAUCAAGGAUAUCAAGAAAACUACAAAAGAAUGUUUACAAGUGAGAACAUCAAGAACAACUCUAAGCCGUGACAGACAAGUAAAAACAAACUCUAAAACAAAGAUUUUGAACAUACUAUUUGUAUAGCCUUAUAUCAUACAUGAACAUGAUCAACUAUGAACUAUAAUCUAUGAUCACCAGAGUCAAGUUUUUUUUUUCUUCCAGAAGCUGUACAGAGAAAAAUGAGAGAAGAAUUGAUUUGCCCUUUUUUGAUCCGUUUUAUGGUAGUUUGCAGGAUUCAAUUACUUCCAUCACUGCUUUAUGGGUCUCCGGAGGGAUCAUGUUUAGAGUUGUGUGAAAUGUUCAGAGAACAAAGUUACACUAAAGAAUCUUGAGAUUUUUCUCUAGCCUGAAACCGAGUAGCCAUAAGAGGUUAAAGAGUCACGUACCACAAAUACACUAGAAACGUGCUUAGAUCUAAACAAUCCCUCGGCCCAAUACUAUAAGAUUUACCACUUAGUUACUAAUUCAAGUAAAUAAAACCCUUAUCAUAGUGAAUAAAACAAAACCACCUUCUGUGCUUCCACAUUUACGAAAUCAGUAAUACAACCUAAAAUCAUAAACAAAAUAAUAGUUCGUAACUUUGGACAAUGGUAAAAGUUAGCAAACACAUCAUAACUAAAAAACCAUAGUUCAACAUUCUGGACAACGCAAUUUCCAAGUCUUAUUUCCAAAGUCAUUACUAGAUGGUUCAUAGGGAUUUUCAUUUUAAUAAAUAAAUUUUGAAAAGAAAAAAAAAUUGA